AUGGCAACUGUAGAGGAAAACAUUGUGACCGCAGUAAAUGAGGGCCAAUUUAUGGAGUCUGAGAUUCUAUUAAACGAUGCAGUACAAGAAAUGCAUGUAAUAGCCACUGUGCCUGAACUUUAUCACAACGUGGUGGACUUGAACGUAGUGCAGUCAUUAUUAGGAUUAUUGACUCAUGAAAAUACAGAUAUAUCAGUAGCUGUGGUGGAUCUGUUGCAGGAGAUGACUGACGUGGAUACGUUAAAUGAAAGCUACGAGGGAGCGACAGUUCUCAUCGAUGCAUUGCUGGAUCAUCAAGUGGUUGCUACACUGGUACAGAACAUGGAAAGACUUGAUGAAGGUGUGAAGGAGGAAAGUGAUGGAGUGCAUAAUACGCUGGGAGUUGUAGAAAAUAUAUUAGAAUUCCGUUCCGAGGUGUCGUUUGAAGCGGCUAAGCAAGGACUGAUGGCGUGGCUGUUAAAAAGAAUCAAAGCUAAAAUGAUGUUUGAUGCCAAUAAACUUUAUUGUAGUGAAAUAUUUGCCAUUUUACUACAGAAUCAGGAUGAUACCAGAGAACUCCUUGGAGAACUUGAUGGCAUAGAUACAUUACUUCAACAGUUAGCUGCGUUCAAACGUCAUGAUCCGUCGUCAAACGAAGAAUACGAAAUGAUGGAGAAUCUUUUCAACUCACUCUGUUCAGCUUUGAUGUUGACAGCCAAUAGAGACAGGUUUUUAAAAGGUGAAGGGUUACAGCUCAUGAACCUCAUGCUCAGGGAGAAGAAAUUAUCCAGGAACAGUGCUCUAAAAGUGCUAGACCAUGCCAUGUCAGGUCCAGAAGGAGCGGAGAACUGUAUGAAAUUUGUUGAUAUUCUCGGACUGAGAACUAUUUUCCCAUUAUUUAUGAAAACUCCCAAACAACAUAAAAAAGGACCAUCAGAGGCAGAACAUGAAGAACAUGCGGUAUCUUGUAUUGCAUCUAUAGUGAGAAAUUGUACAGGAGCGCAUAGACAAAGGCUUUUAGGAAAAUUCACUGAAAAUGACCACGCCAAAGUGGACAGACUCAUGGAAUUACAUUUUAAGUAUCUUGAGAAAGUCCAAAGCUGCGAUGACCAGAUUGAAAAAGAAAAACAGAAAAUACGUCAGCGUGGUGAGGAUGUCGACGAUGACAUGGAGGAUGAGUUUUAUCUGCGUCGUUUGGAUGCAGGUUUAUUUACGCUGCAACUAGUUGACUACACUAUGAUUGAAAUCUGCCAAGCUGGUAUACCGUCAAUAAAACAACGUGUUCUACAAAUACUGAAUCUCAGAGGGGGAUCUGUUACUGCCAUUAGGAAUGUUGUCAGAGAGUAUGCUGGUAAUAUUGGUGAUGCCAAAAGUAAAGAGAGUGCCGAAGCUGAGAAGCAAAGACUUCUUGCAUUGGUGGACAAGUUUUGAGUUCAGUGGUUCAUAUGCUGUGCUGCCCUCAGGUGUUCGUCUUCUGUGCUGCCCUCAGUGGUUCAUCUACUGUUCUGCCCUCGGCGGUUCAUUCGCUGUGCUGACCUCAAUGGUUUGUCUACUGUUCUGCCCUCAGUGGUUCAUUCGCUGUGCUGCCCUCAGUGGUUCAUCCGCUGUGCUGCCCUCAGCGGUUCAUCUGCUGUGCUGCCCUCAGCGGUUAAUCUGCUGUGCUGCCCUCAAUGGUUUGUCUACUGUUCUGCCCUCAGUGGUUCAUUCGCUGUGCUGCCCUCAGUGGUUCAUCCGCUGUGCUGCCCUCAGCAGUUCAUCUGCUGUGCUGCCCUCAGCGGUUCAUCUGCUGUGCUGCCCUCAGCGGUUAAUCUGCUGUGCUGCCCUCAAUGGUUCGUCUACUGUGCUGCCUUCAGCGGUUCAUUCACUGUGCUGACCUCAAUGGUUCGUCUACUGUUCUGCCCUCAGUGGUUCAUUUGCUGUGCUGCCCUCAGUGGUUCAUCCGCUGUGCUGCCCCUCAGCAGUUCAUCCUCUGUGCUGCCCUCAGCGGUUCAUCUGCCGUGCUGCCCUCAAUGGUUCGUCUACUGUGCUGCCCUCAGCGGUUCAUCUGCUGUGCUGCCCUCAGCGGUUAAUCUGCUGUGCUGCCCUCAAUGGUUCGUCUACUGUGCUGCCUUCAGCGGUUCAUUCACUGUGCUGACCUCAAUGGUUCGUCUACUGUUCUGCCCUCAGUGGUUCAUUUGCUGUGCUGCCCUCAGUGGUUCAUCCGCUGUGCUGCCCCUCAGCAGUUCAUCCUCUGUGCUGCCCUCAGUGGUUCAUUUGCUGUGCUGCCCUCAGUGGUUCAUCCGCUGUGCUGCCCCUCAGCAGUUCAUCCUCUGUGCUGCCUUCAGCGGUUCGUCUACUGUGCUGCCUUCAGCAGUUCAUUCGCUGUGCUGCCUUCAGUAGUUCAUCAACAAAUUUUGGUUCUUAUACGCCUAUAGACCACUUUCCCGGAAGUCGAAGAUACGGCGUUUUGCAUGCGCGUGCAUGUCGUUUUGGGGUGUAACGUAAACUUGCGCGCGUGAUAUUGUGUUUCUGGGUGUACCAAUCGACGUAACAAAUUUAAAAUAAAAUUUCCUUCUAUCGACUAUCAGCAAACUGACUUAUUCGUAUUUUCCGCCAUGACAAAGCAGGAAUAUUUUUGCACCCCAGUUUUGCUACUUCCGGGAAAGUGGUCUAUAUUGGAGAUGCACUUCUAAUGAACACUUUUUUUUAGCUGGAAUUAAUUUUUGCUGAAAAGACUUUUUGGGUGUUUUGUAUGGAAUUUAUUUUCACUGAUUUUUUGACAAUGUAAAAUAUAGGAAGAAAGGUAUAUUCGCUGGAUUUUAUUUUCACUGAAUCAUUCCUUCAGUGAAAACACCGAAAAUUAAUUCCAAGCGAAAAUAAAGUAUUUUACAAUACUUACUUUAUUUAUCAAAAUGCGUUAUCCAAAAAAGUAUAAACCCACUUUAAAAUACUCAAUGAUGUCACCUAAAUAUUUUCCUUGUACGAACGAACCAUCAUUUCUGUUUUAUUGGUUGCUAUGUGUGUAUAUCAUGAUAAAGAAUUCCUGACACAUGGUCGUACCAAUGAAACCAAAAAUGUAGAUUGAAUGGUAUAAAUGUGACAGAUGAACUCCUGGUAUUUAAUGCACUUUACCAAUUCAAGGAACACAAGGUGAUACGGAAGAUACAUGACUUUAUAUUUCCACAACUCUUAUUUAUUGUGUGCAUAGAUCUCUGAAUUUUUGUACCUGAGCGCCAUCAAGGGAUGAUGACCUCGGUAAGUUCAUUGUAAUCUGUUCUGUAACGACGAUAAUGCCUGCAAUGGUCAUGCUUCUUUGAUAAUAAAAUUGACAUUCCAAAACAACUGA